UUGGGCAGCGUGUUCUCUUCCAUCCUUCUACUGGCUGUCAUCUUUUUCAUAGGACCAUUCGUUGAAGUACUGCCAAUAUGCUUUCUGUCCUGCAUCAUUAUUGUAGCCCUGAAAGGAAUGUUCAUGCAGCUCAGCGUUAUCCCUCUGUUGUGGCGGACAUCAAAAGCUGAUUGUGCCAUUUUUGUGGUGAGCUUCGUUGCCACGGUUGUGUGCGAUGUCGUCGAAGGCCUCCUUAUUGGAACGUUCUUUGCAGCAAUACUACUUGUACAUGGAAUUCAAAAGGCAAAGGUUGUUGAAAUAGGCCGACUGAGUCACAAUCAAGGCCAGUCAUACUUCCAGCCCAUAGAGCAUUACAGAGACGCAGCGAUCCGUGACGGCGUAUGCUGUGUCCGUUUUGCAGCUCCCAUCGUCUAUCUGAAUGCAGAACGAUUCAAGAAGAGUGUCGAUGACGUCAUACAACUCCCAACGUUGGAACGAAGGAGGAGAGAAGGAGAGACCUGA